GGUAUGUUCGCGGCAGAACCUCUGAGGACGGGAGACCUAAUACUCUCCGAGAGGCCAGUUAUUGUUACGAGAUCGGUGAGCCGAAAGUCAUCCGUUUAUACAAGAGACUGAUGGCAGCAUAUAACCAGCAAUUCCCUGCCGAUAUAGCUCAAAUAGAAUCGUACCUCUCAAUUCUUUUUGCCAGACUUCCUGUUUCACAACAGAAUGCAUUCUCAAAAUUGCAGAAUUGCAAGUCGACACUAGAAGCUGGACCUCUAUUCGGGCGCUUACGAACUAACGGCUUCACCUUUUCUCCAUAUCCCAAUGCGCCUCCUCAUGUAGGCAUAUUCUUCGACUUUUCGAAAGCUAAUCAUAGCUGUGGGCCUAAUGCAUUCGCGCGAUUUAAUCUCAACACCUGGGCAAUUGAGCUUCGCGCCUCAAGACCGAUCAAAGCUGGAGAAGAAAUAUUCAUCUCAUACAUAGAUGUGCUACAGGAUUCAAUCAAGCGGCGAACACAGCUGGCCACGCUCUAUGACUUCACAUGCCAGUGUAAAUGGUGCACACUACCCAAGGUCAAACUAAAGGAGAGUGACUCGCGCCGAGCGGACAUCAUAAACUGGCCCAAGGCGCCCGUCUUUCAAUCUUGGAGAUCUUCAGAGGAGUUCCAAAAUGAUCCGUCCGACUUGAUCAUGAAGUCAAUCCAAAGGAUCGUCGUUGCUACGAAAGAAGGACUGGAACCCUUUACACUCGUAGACGCCACCAACCUGUUCAGCAUUUACGCUGUCCUUGGUGAUGAGAAGAACUUCCGCAAGUGGAGAACCACUGCUCGGGAUCUCCUAUUGGCAAGGAAUGGCAUCACUGCUGACUUCAAAACGGCUACAGAGGAAAUCGAGGAGCCAGACAAGAAAGUCAUAGGAAGACCUGGAAUCUUAGAGACCAAGAGGAGUAUGGAGCAAAGAGAUUUCUUGGUAGCUUUGAAUCGUGACGAAGCGAAUUGA